CAGUUUAAACACAUUCACUACAAAAAUUAGAUCAUCUGAGCACUCUAGACCAUGUAGGCAUUUACAUGAUCAUUACAAUGUUAUUCGUAAUCCAGAAAGAUAGCACUGGUAUUAUUGACUUAACCAUACAGAUGCAGGCUAAAAACCCUUUUUCUGAAUGAAAGGAAAGCUGCAAAGCUGAACUUAAGAACUUAACUCGUGUUAUAAUCCAUCGAUGUUGGUUAUUUCACUCGUACAGUAACUUUGCGCAAUUUGAAUGAAAUGCGGAAAUGCUAAUAGGUAGCAUACUGGUGUGGGUCAUCAAAAUAAAUUUUGUUUCAUCAUUGUCUUGUUAUCAAUGCAACUCAUCGCAUCAUUCUAAUUGUUUGGAGCAUUUAGUAGAAUUAGGCAAACAUUCUCUCCAGCCGACACCAUGUACAACAUAUGGAGCACGAUUUUGCAUAAAGACUACAGGAAUUUAUGGUGCUGUUAUGGGUAUAACACGAUUCUGCAGUGCAUGGGAUUUAGGGAAUGAAUGUCAGUAUUUAGAUUUUCCCGAUCACGAUAGGAUAUAUCGUGCAUGUGUUUCAACUUGUUCAACAGAUGCCUGUAAUUCAGGGAUACAGAACAGGACUGCACUUUUCUCGAUUAUUCUAUCUUUGUACAUAUUCAUGUGUUUCUAUUCAAUGACAAAUAUUUGAUCAAGUAGAGAACUGUGCCUUGAUAUUUUUCUUUUGUUAUAUUUUUGAUUAAAAUUUAAAAGUAUUGAGUUGUUAUUUCUUAAACUUGUGAGAUUAAAAUUAUAAAUAUUUGAUUUCUAAUAUUUUGUUACCAUGAUAAUAAAUUACAGGAUGGGAUACAUGA